CGUUCUUUCUUCUUCUUUUUGACUACUUGUACUUUAUUCAGCCUCCGAUUCUCUCUCUCUAACUUUCUCUCUCUCCACCAUCAACCGCUUCAGAGACAACGUCGGAACACCGUAUUCCUCGCCGGGAAUUCUCUUCCACCGCCGGAAAAUACUCUGUUCUUAUUCUUAAAACUAAACCGCUCCGACCAAGUCUCGGAGAACCGGGUUUUUUUUGGUUUCUUCUUCACCCGGUCCAAGUUGCUGCAUGAGUUGAAAAAACGGCUUUUUUGACUUGAAAUUGUCAAUGGGGUUACUGGGUUUCUAGUUUUCGGGAAGAGGGACGGAUCUACUUAGGUUUUUUUUGCAGUUUAGAGGAUUGAUAAGAAGUGGGUUUUGAGUUUCGGAGAAAUUGAGUUUGAGGUUUUAUGAUGUACGGAACUCUGAGAAGCGAUCGUGGAGGGUGGUGGAGUUUCGGUGAAUCUCUCACAUGGAAUGGCAGAUCUUGUUAAUCACAGGAAUGCAGACCGUGACAUUCAGCAGGCGUUGAUUGCUUUGAAAAAGGGUGCUCAAUUGCUUAAAUAUGGUCGUAAAGGAAAACCAAAGUUUUGUCCAUUUAGACUUUCCAAAGACGAGUUGUCAUUAAUCUGGUUUUCGAGUAGUGAAGAAAGAAGUCUGAAACUCUCAUCUGUCUCAAAAAUUAUUCCUGGACAAAGAACUGCUGUUUUCCAACGAUUUCCACGUCCUGAGAAGGAUUAUCUAUCUUUUUCACUUAUUUAUAACCACGGGAAGCGAUCCCUUGAUUUGAUUUGCAAAGAUAAAGUUGAGGCAGAAGUGUGGAUUGCGGGUCUCGGGGCAUUGAUAUCUUCUGGUCAAGGUGGGCGGUCCAAAAUUGAUGGAUGGUGUGAUGGAGGCCUGUAUCUUGAUGAUAGUAAAGACUUGACAUCAAAUAGUCCUAGUGAAAGUUCAGUCCGUGCUUCUCAAGACAUCAGUUCUCCUGACGUUUCUGCUAGCGUACCAAACAAUUCUCCCAAGUCCAUUCAGCCUGAAAAUACCUUAAAUUUCGAAAGGUCACAUGCACCAUCAAACUCAUCAAAUAUGCAAGUGAAAGGAUCUAGUUCAGAUGUUUUUCGUGUUAGUGUUUCAAGUGCACCCAGCACGUCCAGUCAUGGGUCUGCACCUGAUGAUUAUGAUGCUCUUGGAGAUGUAUACAUAUGGGGGGAGGUUAUCUCUGAGAAUAUUGUAAAAGUUGGUGCUGAUAAAAAUGUCAGUUUUUGUAGCCCGAGAACUGACAUUCUCCUCCCAAAGCCACUUGAAUCCAAUGUGGUUUUAGAUGUACUUCAAAUAGCAUGUGGUGUUAAACAUGCUGCUCUAGUCACAAGGCAAGGUGAAAUGUUUACAUGGGGUGAAGAAUCUGGUGGACGCCUUGGCCAUGGUGUUGGGAAGAAUGUGGUUCAACCUCGUCUAGUUGAAGCAUUAGCUUCUUCAACUGUUGAUUUUGUUGCUUGUGGUGAGUUCCAUACCUGUGCUGUUACAAUGGCUGGGGAAAUAUAUACAUGGGGUGAUGGCACUCACAAUGCCGGACUUCUUGGUCAUGGAACCAAUGUAAGUCACUGGAUACCGAAGAGAAUCGCAGGUCCUCUAGAGGGGCUUCAGGUUGCUUUUGUCACUUGCGGUCCGUGGCACACAGCCUUGAUAACUUCAACUGGGCAGCUAUUUACAUUUGGCGACGGAACGUUCGGUGUCCUCGGCCAUGGAGAUAGAGAAAAUAUUUCAUCUCCUAGAGAAGUAGAAUCGUUAUCUGGGUUGAGGACUGUAUCUGUUGCAUGUGGAGUGUGGCAUACUGCAGCUAUUGUCGAGGUCAUUGUGACACAAUCCAGUGCAAGUAUAUCAUCGGGUAAAUUGUUUACUUGGGGAGAUGGCGAUAAGAAUCGUCUAGGACAUGGAGAUAAGGACGCUCGGCUCGAACCAACCUGUAUAUCUGCGCUUAUCGAUUAUAAUUUUCAUAGAAUUGCUUGUGGGCACAGUUUGACAGUAGGCCUGACAACGGCUGGACGUGUUUUUACAAUGGGUAGCACUGUUUACGGCCAGCUUGGGAGUCCCCAGUCUGAUGGAAAACUUCCCUGUUUGGUCGAAGACAAGCUUGCUGGAGAAUGUGUUGAAGAAAUUGCGUGUGGGGCUUAUCAUGUUACUGUUUUAACCUCAAGGAAUGAAGUUUAUACGUGGGGCAAGGGUGCGAAUGGAAGAUUAGGCCACGGAGACGUUGAAGAUAGAAAAAUCCCAACUUUGGUUGAAGCCUUGAAGGAUAGACAUGUGAAAUAUAUUGCAUGUGGUUCAAACUAUUCGGCUGCGAUAUGCCUACAUAAAUGGGUAUCCGGUGCUGAGCAGUCUCAGUGCUCUACUUGUAGACAGGCGUUUGGAUUCACUAGAAAGCGGCACAACUGUUACAAUUGUGGACUUGUACACUGCCAUUCAUGCAGCUCAAGGAAAGCAUUAAGAGCAGCCCUUGCUCCUAAUUCUGGGAAGCUGUAUCGUGUUUGUGAUUCUUGUUAUGUAAAAUUGAACAAGGUUGCAGAAUCCAGCAAUAAUAAUCGGAGGAACGGAAUGCCUCGUAUUCCAGGCGAAAACAAGGAUAGGUUAGAAAAGUCUGAGCUGAGAUUGACAAAGUCAGCUGUGCCUUCUAAUAUGGAUUUGAUAAAGCAAUUAGAUAGUAAGGCAGCCAAACAAGGGAAAAAAGCUGAUACCUUCUCGCUGGUUCGCGCUACACAAGCUCCGUCUUUGCUACAGCUGAAAGAUGUCGUCUUAGCUACUGCUAUAGACGUAAAACGCACAGUCCCGAGACCUGGUUUUACACCGUCUGGAGUGAAUUCCAGGUCCGUCUCACCUUUCUCUAGAAGAUCGAGCCCUCCUCGUUCAGCUACGCCGAUUCCAACAACAUCCGGACUCGCCUUCUCAAAAAGCAUUACUGAUAGUUUAAAGAAAACAAAUGAACUUUUGAAUCAAGAAGUGCUGAAGUUGCGCUCUCAGGUUGAGACCCUGAGACAGAGAUGUGAGCUGCAAGAAUUAGAGCUUAAAAAGUCGGCAAAAAAGACUCAGGAAGCUAUGGCACUGGCGAAUGAGGAAUCUGCCAAAUCCAAGGUUGCAAAAGAAGUUAUUAAGUCACUUACAGCACAGCUCAAAGAUCUGGCAGAGAAGCUUCCUCCCGGUGUUUAUGAUGCCGAUGACAUGAAACCAGCAUACCUGCCUAAUGGUUUCGUAGAGACAAAUGGAAUCCACCACCGAGACUCUAACGAGGAUCCGCACCACUCAAGGGCAGAGUCGAUCAGCGGCUCCAGUUUGGCUUCCAUAGGACUCGAAUCUUCUCUGAUGAAUAGAACCGAUAGAAAUUCACCUGGAAGCUAUGCAACUAAUCUUUACCAGCAGAGCCGCGGAUUUGUGACCUCUAACGGGACAGAUGAUUACCGAGAUGUUAACUUGCCAAAUGGCAGUAGCACAAUCCAGACAACCAACAGUAGUGUGUCGCAUACAAUCGAUGGCAGGGAUUCUGGAAAUUUCCGAGAGGAUGAGAGUGGCUCGAGAUCAAGAAAUGACACGUUGCCUUCUAAUAAUAAUAAUCAAGUUGAUGCAGAAUGGAUUGAACAAUACGAGCCUGGUGUCUAUAUAACUUUGGUUGCCAUGCGAGACGGAACAAGAGAUCUAAGGAGAGUGCGCUUCAGCCGAAGAAGAUUCGGAGAACACCAAGCCGAGACUUGGUGGUCAGAGAAUCGAGAUAGGGUAUAUGAAAGGUACAAUGUUCGUAGCACAGACAAGUCGACCAGCCAAACAGCGCGGCAAGCAGAAGGUGGUGGUUCACCUGGUGUACAAUAAUAUUAGGAAAAUAGAUGGAGGAAAGUUCUCCAUUUAACUCAUUUUGUUGCAGUGAACAUAAUUGUAGGAAAUCAAUAUGAAGGAACCAGACACCUUUUAUUAUCCGUCAUUUUUUGUUAAAUUUCUCUAUAAGUUAAAUAUCCUCCAUUUUAUUUGGGCUGGUUCCUGUUACAUAGUAUUUGUUGUACUGUAGUGUAUAUAAAAUCAUCUAUAUAACUUUCCUAUUUUCUUGGUUUUUUUUGUUUUUCCCUGUCACACCUAUUUUUAUUAUCUCUCAUGCAUAAAAUGUGGUGAUAUUUUUUUUUGGUUUUGAGAGUAAUAUAAAAAGAGAAAGAUGAUUAUAUGAAAACUAUGAAGAAGAAUGAUUUGAAGAAUUUGACACAGUCCUCCAAAAUUACCCAAAAAAAAAUUCUGAUACAUUUUACAAGUUUCUCAACAUUAGAGGAAAGAAAAUAUUAGUACCUGGAUCAACCUGCAUAAACCAUGACCGACUGU